AUGGAGCAGCGGCACUACCAGGCAUUAAACGUCAAGAUCAUCGAAGACUCUAAAAGAACCCCAUGGCGUCCAUUCUCCUACAACGUAGCCGACGUUAUCGAGAGACAUGUGGAGGAGACUGGGUUCCAGUACUGGGGUAUUCCCAUCUACAGAACUACCUACAAAAGUGACUCGGACUGGGAAGAAUUCCUCCGCCGGUUUCUGGAGCGUGUGCGCGAUACACUGGCGUGCCACCAUGGUCUCGAUAUGUGGGAUUCGUUCAGGCCAACAGUGAUAGAGGAUAAGAGCCGGUUUGACGGCGCGACGCCCGCUCUAAUCCGAGAGGCUUUUAAAGAGUGGGCGGCUACGGCCUGUGAGAGGGAGGAAGGGGUGACAUAUGAGCGGGCAGAGUGGGCGUUUACGGCACGCUAUCGUCUUUGUAUUAUGGUUGAUGAGGAAGCGUUACAGUCUGUGUUGGAUAUUCCGGCGGGGAACCUGGAUGGCUAUAAUUCUACUGGGUUUGUAGUUCUGAUUAAUGGGCGGUGGGUGCCAGAGACGGACCCCUGUGAGCUGGCUGAAGGGGAGGAAGAUGACGAGUACGAGCCAUUGUACGGUUGUACCUUACAAGAUGUAGGCUGGAUGAAGAUUUCUUAUGAUCGAGCGCAAACUGUAGCCUCCUCUGCGAUGCAGUAUGGUUCGGACUGGGACCUCGAGUAUCGAAGGCCGCCGACCAUUUGUGUUGGUUAUUAA